GCUGCUGAGCCGGGCCUCCGAGCCGCCGUCCUCAACCGCGGGGCCAUGGGCAGCCGCAGCACGUUUGCUGGUGAAGAGGAUGACGGCAGCUUCAUCGACGAGUACUCGGUGUGCAUCGAAGUGUACGAAACGGAGGUGACAGAUUCCGGUGGAAGCGCGCCAAUCAUCAAAAUCUCAGGCUUGUGCGACGCUGAUGGUCCAGCGACAUACCUGUGUCAGCACUCCCUGGAGCAUCUGACAGCUACCGGUCAGGCUGCCGACCCCAGUGUCAUCCACGCGAACAAAGACCGAGUUCCCCGAUUCCAGUCCUUGCAAGUGAUUCGCAGUGGCCACGCUGCUCGUUUGUUGCUACAGCCAGAAACCCCCAUCAGUCGAGGCGGUGCGCCCAUGAAGGAAGCGCUGAAUGAUCGACCAAGGUGGGAAGGCCCCGUCACCGAUGCGUUUGCCGGCGACGCUAACCGUAAGUGGUCCAGCCUGUCCAUGAAGUUCACCGCGACAGGUAGAACAAUCACAGCGCAUUCGUGCACACCACAGAACUGCGUUUCAUCAGUAUUACAAUGCCGUGAGCAAUGUUCGGCUCUGGGGAGACGCCCGACAGAAAACCGUGGCUACAGCAGACCACCAAGGCAGAGCACUGGCGUCAGUAAAGACACAAAAUUCACAUCUCUGAGGCCCCGUGUACCGCGCAGCCGUAAAAGGACGACAAUUCCAUCUAGGCUCUCCGGAAGUUUCUGGGAUGCCGAGUACGAAGGGCGCCGAGGCAGUGCUUCCACCUACACGCUUGACAGGCUUCCCUGCGGUGUAUGCAGUGCUAUGCAACAAGUGACGCGGUGUGACCUGGACUGCAUCGAAGAAACUGUGACUACUCGUCACCUGCCAGCCCCGGAAACGAGAACAAUUGUGCGUCGUCACGACUGCGAAACCUCGAUUCAAGAAGGUUGGGGUUGCGCAGACCUUUGCGCUGUGUACCGCAUACUACCUCCUCAAAUAAUUCGUCAAGGGUGCCAGCGAGCCGAGACGACAAUAAAAACGACAGCGGCCGCCGAUGAACUGAGGGAAGUUUACGUCUCCUCUAGCGAUAACGUGUGGCUUGAAGCCCUGAGCUCACCGUUCGCGAGAAGGGAAAUCUCAAUGAAGAACGCUUCGACACAAAACCGGGAAAGGUCACGUGCUUGCUGUUUGGUAGAAGCGACCAGUGCAGCAACAAAGGGUGCCUGCGAUCAAGAAACGAAGACGCUGUUUCCAUCGCAGGUGACGCUACCCUCUAUUGUCACGUCACUUGUGGAUCGGUUUGCUGUCACUUGUUACGAGGUAGUUGCACGGCUUUCUACCGCCGAGUCAGACAAAGUGGACGUAAGCUUGUCAGAAAAUUUGGUAAAAUGCAAUGCCGAUGUUUGGAAUAGGGUUAUGCAACAUGUGCAGGAGAGAAUGGCCGGUGUGGCUCUCGCUUUUGUUGGAGGCAGUAGCGGUCCGACUGAUGGUAUGAGGGGCGAAGGAGAGUGUCUCGUAGAACGCCCUACAAAAAAGCCUUGCGCUGCGGCCAGAAGACUGUCGUCGAGGCUGGACAUUAGUGACAAGCAGGACCUCUCAGGCAGCCGGCGAGACGGUCAUCUUGCCCAGGCUAUGUCAUGUCCCGGUAUGGAUGGAGGUCAUGCUUUACCAUUUAAGGGAUAGGCUCAUUACAUGACGUGCAUUUAUACUGCGAGACCGAACUGAAGCGGACAAUGUCAAUUACGUACUAAUGAUAUAUAGCUUAGCUUGUUGGUGCGGGGCUGUCUAAAGCAUUGACCUUCGGUAUUGCUGUAAGUUGGUGACGUAAAUCUAGAGCUCUGCU